AUGGGUGAGCUUCCGUCUCCGGAGCACCUCGCCGAGAGAUUCCUCAAGCGAACAGAGUUUCUCCCUGAUCGCAUCCAUUCCAGUGCUCUGUUCGCCUUCUUCGCCCAGCACUUCACACAUAUGUUUUUCAAGACGGACAUGAAGAGAGGCCCGCAGUACACGUGGGGAGGUCACGGGGUCGAUUUAUCCUCGAUUUACGGUGAAACAGCAGAGAAGAGAAAACAGCUGAGAAGUUUGACAGGAGGAAAAUUGAAAAUGCAGGUCAUUAACGGAGAAGAAUGGCCCGUAUUGAUAAAGGAUGCUCUUAUCGAAACCGAAUAUCCUCCCGGAUAUCCGGAAGAACGUAAAUUCGCUCUGGGUCAUCCCUUUUACGCGCUUCUUCCGGGUCUGUUCGUAUGGUCUACGAUAUGGAUGCGGGAACAUAACAGGGUGUGCGAUAUCCUAAAGGAGGAACAUACAGACUGGGACGAUGAAAGGUUAUACCAAACCGCCCGACUCAUCCUUGUUGGUGAGACGAUAAAGAUCGUUAUCGAGGAUUACGUGCAGCAUCUUAGCCAGUAUAAAUUCAAGCUCAAGUUCAACCCGGAACUACUUUUCGACGUGCCAUACCAGUACCAGAACCGCAUUGCCGUGGAAUUCAACCACCUCUACCACUGGCACCCUCUACUACCGGAAUCAUUUAACAUCAGCGGACAGACGUAUCCGAUGAAAAGCUACAUGUUUAACAGGCAGAGAGAAACCACACCGGAAAAAAAAGAAUGA